AAACAGUCAGUCUCAUUUUGAACUCACUCAAGGAAGGAGGGGCACAUCAAGCAAUGCUUUGAAGGGCAGCGCCACAUGAAGAAGUGUCAAAUUUACUUAAAGUCCUUUCUGUAGAGUGGAAGUGGAUAUACGAGAAAGAUCUCUGCUUCAAUGUGUGUGACACUGGAGUUUGGUGUUUUCCAUUGUCAAACACGUACCAGAUGACCAUCCCUGUGUCAACCCUGAGUCAGAGCAAAGCUAAGUUGCAGGUAAAGUGUCUGUGUGUCCUUAUGUUCCUGAGCGUCUCCCUGACAAUGGCUGUGGUCCCUGGUCCAUGCAGACACUCAAUAACAAGGGAGCACCUGCUGACAGUCAGGCAGCUGAUGGAUAACCAGUUGAGAAGUGGAUGUUCGAUAACAUACACGUUCAUAGAGCGGAGGAUGUUGAGCAAAUGUUGCUUUGUGAAAGCUGCUCUACCCUGGAUACUGGAGCUGCUCACCACCCACUUCAAGUACAAACGGGGCUCGAUAAACGAUGGCUAUGUUCAGUCGCUGAGAGCACUCAUCCUUAACAUUUACUCUCAGAGAUGUGUGCCCCAGAUCAACGAAGAGAUCGAGGAUAAGCCUGAGAGUUUUGAAAUAGUCUACCACGGGUCUCCUUUAAAUGCUCUGCAGAAGGCUUCAGAUGUGCUGUCAGUUUAUUGGGAGCUGGUGACAACCAGAGACUCACCAGUUGACUGGAGAUGCCAGCACGAAUACUCAGAAAUCUAUGGCUCCACCACAGAGCCACCCGCAGAGUCUACUGCACAAUUUUUUACAGACAGCUAUGAAAGGAACUCAGAGAAGGUCUCUCAGAGAAGACCGACCAGAGACACGUACAAGCUCGGCUUCAUCCUUGCAUCCGUCUGUGGAGGACUGCUAAUUACACUCACUCUCUACUGUCUCGUCAUGCACAAGAAAAUUUUCAACCAUCAGGAAUCAAGAACACACUCAAGUUCAAGCGAUCCAGAGCAUGUCGAGAUGGAGCCUCAGUAACGCAGUGUGGACUAAAGCCUCUGCAGAAGCUCCAAGAACGAUUCAUCCAUCACAAACAACAUUUCACGUCCUUAUAUGUGUAAUAUAUCCAGCUUGUAUAUUUAAUCAGAAACGAUGCUUUGUGUGAGAAAAAGGUUCAUCUUUAUCUUUUAUGCUGUGCAAAUCACAAUUUCUGUUAAAGAUAUUAUGUCAGGUUCACUAAAAGUAUAUUUUACUGUAGUCUCUAUUUGUCAAUAAUUAACCAAGUGUUUGUUAAUUUUGCUCCCAUAAGUUAUUUAUUAUAUAAACUCUUCUCAUCCACUGCAUUGAUUAUAAAAUUGUAUCUAUGUCAAUAAGAAAUAAAUCAGUUCCAAGUUUGUAUUCAAACAGAAAAGUAUGUAUAAAGGAUUUAAGAACUUUAUAUUAUCUGGGAAAAUUCAGAUUUUCCUCAUCAUCGAUCUACAGUUUUAUUCAUUAUUUUUGGUUUUUGGUGACGUCGGUCACUAUGAGUGUUAAACAUGGGAUGCAUUCAUGGACGCGCCACACAACAGAAGGAUGUGUUCCCACAGCUCACUAACAUAUGUGCGUGGUGUUUAAUCAUUAUUAUACAGGAACACCCAAUAACAGGGUAUUACUGUGAAGAGAGAAGAUAAUGCCCUCCAUUACUGUCAUGAGUCUCACUCGUGUUAACCCAGGGAUAAUGUUUUAUAAGAAUGAAUUGCAUAAUGUCUGAGUUACAGAGGCUGGAUGCUUUCCCAUCAAAUGAAACCUUUGUACGGAUUUCAAAGGACUCGGUCAGGGAAAGAGAGAGAGAGAAGAAAGGAAAAGACUCUCACAUGUGAUUAAUAGCAUGUGUGUUUGCCUCUUGUGUUUUAAGUGUGUGUGUGUGUGGGGG